AUGGCUGCCUCAUUACCACACCCAAAGAUUGUCAAGAAGCACACCAAGAAGUUCAAGCGUCAUCACUCUGACAGAUACCACAGAGUCGCUGAAAACUGGAGAAAACAAAAGGGUAUCGACUCUGUUGUCAGAAGAAGAUUCAGAGGUAACAUUGCUGAACCAACCAUCGGUUAUGGUUCCAACAAGAAGACCAGAGGUAUGGCUCCAUCUGGCCACAAGACUUUCUUGGUCAAGAACGUUACUGACUUAGACUUGUUGUUGUUGCACACCAAAUCUUACGCUGCUGAAAUUGCCCACAAUGUCUCCUCCAAGAACAGAGUUGGUAUCUUGUCUAAGGCCAAGGCUUUGGGUAUCAAGGUCACCAACCCAAAGGGUCGUCUUGCUUUGGUUGCUUAA